GUGCGUGAGCGGACCAUGAGAGAUUCUCCUAUUAUCGCGCAGUUGCGGACCAAUGUCAUUAUGAAAGACGAAUAUCCCCUCAUUAUGGACCUUUCCCAAACCCUAGCGCAUCGAUAUCAACGCCCAGACUCGUCUGUGAUGGUUAUUCUGGAGCAUUCUGCAUGCCUUCUCCUUGGGGGGACCUUCGACCCCACGUAUCUCCUCACUGUUACCGCCCUCCCAGUCCAUAUCCAGCCGAGUACCAACAAACGCAAUGCAGCACUUCUUCAGUCUUUCCUAUCAGACACCCUGGGUGUGCCGCCUCAUCGUGGCAUCGUUAAGUUCCAGAGCAUACUUGAAGAGAACUUGGCCAUGAACGGAACAACGAUCCUGGGUGAGAUCGAGCGAUUGGAGAAGCAGCUUGCUGAAGAGAACGGGAGUGCUCUCAAGCGCACAAUGACUAAAGCCUCGCGCAAAUCGCUUGUUCUGAAGCCGAGACCCAGUCUGCCGACCAUGGGUAGCUCUCCAACAGUCGUCAAUGGCCACUCUCCCAGUUACCCACCGGUGCUCACUCCUGUGCCCAUCGAGGCGGGUGAUGUCGACGGACCGCCAAGCUUCCUGAGCGACUCGAAUCAUCUCUCAGAGCUGUCAUCUCCGUUGAAUCGGAAGACGAGCAGACUUCCAAUCAAAACCAAUAUACCAUCCCCCCAAGCCGAAGACACUUCCUCCAAGCACGACAGAGCCAGGAGGAGGACUGCGGAGGCAAGACCAGCGGGGAAGACUGCAGCGUUACCUAAGAUGCCUCUGCCGCCACCCAUACCAGCGGAGGCCACACCGAAGAUCGGGAAGCGGAAGAGUCUCAUCGCUAUCUUCAAGCGGUAACUGUCUUUUCCGCCUUUCUGAUUCUUUGACAUAGAUUAACGUUUGGGUGUGAAGCUUUCCCGUUCCGCCAUCCAUCCGCGGUGACAGCCUUAUGUCACUUGCGUCGUCUAGGCGGUUUGGAGGCAGGAGUGAGCGCUCGUCGACACACGGACUGCUUUGAGGUGUAAUCACUAGCACGGCUUGGGGUGUGACGCUCGGGUUGAUGGAACCUGGCGUGAUGGGCUUGGCUGGGUGGGUGAUGGCGGCGCAAGAGCGAUUUAAUGCAGCAUGAGUAGUGGCCUCUAGAUAUACCCUCACAGCGAUCGAUGUUAAUAUAGUUCUCAACAAAUUUGCAUAUCCAAUCCGAUUCUUUC